UUUAUAGUGAAAUAAGGAAUGGAUAAGUGCACGAAAAAGACUUCAUUUGUGUGGAAUUUUUUCACGGAAAAUAAUGAGUUUGCUAAUUGUAAUUUGAGUAAACAAAAACUGAGUUAUAAAUCAUCGACUAAUCUGAAGAAACAUUUGAAACGUAAACAUUGAUAUAGUAUUAUAGUAUGCUCACUAAUGUACCUAUCUGUUUUUUUAUUUUUUAUUUUUGAUAAAAUCGUGCAUUUUUAAUGUAUAAAAACACUAGUUACUAAUUGUUUUCGAAAAAAGAAAGUCCAUAUGUUGAUUACAUCUUUUAUUAGUGUCAACUGAGAAUUUAUUUGCAUUUUCAUAGCUGUUAGGUGCACAAAUAUAAAUAUUAUAUCUUGUAUUAAUGUACGGUACUUUUUAAUAUUAAAUUUUCAUUAGUUUUAUUAUUGAACGAGACGGUGCACGCACUGCGCACUGAGUGUACUUUUAAGUAGGACAAUAAACAAAACGACUUGUAACCAGGGCUGCCACUCUGAUAUUCAUGAAAAACCUAGAUAACCUACAAAAAACCCCAGACACAUGGGUAAAAAACCCAGAUGCGUCUAAAAUGCUAUCGUUGAAAAUGUUUGCGUACUAAUUCAAAAAUAUAAACAUAACUGGUUUUAAUAUAAAACAAUUAAUUACCUUACAAGACUGAAAACGGUUAAAUACAACCAAUACAAGAAAAUUACACUGCAGCAAAAUGGCUGUAUAAGUAAUUCUUGGACCAGCACAUAUCAUAAAAAAACCUACAAAUAUAUACAUGACAAAACAAACACCAUCACUGCAUUCUUUAAACCGGUAAUUGUUUUUAUAAAACUGCAUCAUGUAGGCUACGUUAGUCUUUAUUCAGAGUCUGAUUCUACAAGAUUGGUUUGAAGGUUAAUUGUUGCAUUGGUUUUGUGUUCUGCAAGCCUCUUUGAAGAAUGUGUCUAAUUUAAUAUUCGACUUAGCUUCUUGAAAACUAGUUUUGUGUUUAUAUGUAUUUUUGUGUGUGAAACACAUAGACUUGUUUGCAUUUAUCAAACAGAUAUUGCAACAGAUACAGUAGCUACUACCUUUAUUAUUGUUUUAGGUAAAAAAAAUAAUUAAAAUUAUAAAAAAACCUAGAUUUGUUGGAAUUCAUUCUUUAAAAACCCAGAAACCCAAACACCAUUGGAAAAGAUCUGGGUGGAAAAACCCAUGAGUGGCAGCCCUGCUUGUAACAAUAUCGCUUUGCGCCUCUCCUUCAAGGCUUUAAAGGCCCUGUCACACUGUCAAAUAUAUUGUAUCCAAUAAAUUGGACAACAAAAUUUGAAGGGUGAUAAUGGAUGAAAUACGUCUUCAAAUAUAUUGUAUUCAAUAUUAUUUGACGAGCAAUGUAAAAUAUAUUUGAAGUCAUUUCACACUAUCAAUUUUCUUUGAGUGAGCUCGUUUUACCAAACAUUCUGUAGAGAACGGUAAAUGACAGUAUUUAGAAUCAAAAACAAAUUUUGGGUCAAGGAACACUGGCUUUUUUAAGUAGGUUAUAUUCCAAUUUAGGUAUAUUGUGAUCAUACACAGUUUAAAAUUUACGUUUUCCAGUUGUUUGCAAUGCCUGCAUUAAGAGCAUCAAAGUGUUUCAAAAGCUGUAGCUGUAAUUGCAUUUGUAGCAAGUCUCAGUAAACUAGAAGAGAAAUCUAAGAAAAGGAAACGCAGAUGGUGGACGAGACAGUGGAUACUUUCCCGGCAAACAAAUGGUGUUUUACCCCUUUUUGUCAUGAACUUCGAUACGAAGAUGCCGAUUCAUUUCCGAACUAUGUAAUAAUGGAUUCUGAAAGUUUUGAUCUUCUUCAUUCAAUUGUGGAGUCUCGCAUUGCAAAGAAGGAUACUCAUUUGUGCCAGUCUAUACCAUCAAAGCAGAGGCUGGCAGUUCAUUAAGAUUUUUGGCGACAGGGGAAUCAUUUAAGUUCUCUACAAGUAUUCCACACAACACCAUCUCAAAAUUUUUACCUGAAAUUUGUAGUGCAAUUUAUAGUGCUCUUCAAAAACUAUAUUUAAAGGUAUGUUUUGUAAGGAUAAAACAUAUAAUUAAAUGUAAAUCUGCAAGUAGGCAUAUCCCUUCUCAUUCCCGCUUAUUUUCUCACCCAACUAGCUGCUGUUGUAUGGACACUUUCACUUGUAUUUCAUCAAAAUUGUUCCUAUACUUUAAAGUGAAUGUGUUAAUUUUUGCUGUGUUUAGAAAUUGGCAAUUUUGUUUUAUUUUGAAUUAAGUGUAUUUACUGUUACAAACCUCAACCUGAUGAGCCUUUAAGCUAACUUCACCUCAGUCACAUUAUCUUUUUAAAAUAAUUUUUUAACGAGAUAUUAGACCAGGUAUGCUUGUUUCGUACAGCCUGGGAAGUAUAGGCUUACUGACAAGGAUCUGCUACACAAAUAUUUACAUUCACGAAAAAUGGUAUUACUUUCAAAACUUAAAUAAUAAUAAUUGGACACGUAGGCAGAAUUUUAAUAUUUCUAGGCCUUUCUUGCAAAUCACCAGAGCUACUUGCUUACUCAGAGAUGCUGCUUUAACAUAAGUCAGUACCAUCUAUUGUAAGGAAAUUAUGAGUCUAUAUUCCAGAAAAUUCCUGACAAUACUUACAGAGUAGCAGCUAUUGUGAAAUAAGGAGAACAAUGACUUAUAAGAAAGAUGGAUUGGGUAAGCCAAAAUAAUUUUAGUUACAUUAAGUCUCUGAAUUGAGAUAUUUUAAAAUUUAUUUUAGGUGUUAUUAAUUUGGAUUUGUAGGUAAAAGUUCCGAAAUGCAUAUCCUAGUUUUGAUACCUCAUUCCUGAUGGCACAUUUUGUACGCAAUGCUUGCUGUUUUAAUUUAGUGUAUCAACAAUACCUGAACAUAAGCAAAACUGGUAUAGCAGUCAAAUAAUGAUCGUAAGUUGAAUAGAUGUUUUCUGGUUUAAGGACCAUAAUAUUCCAAAACUACAGUAACUUCUUUUAGUAAAAUAUAUUAACCUGCACUUCCGUAGAUACAGAUUCAAUUGGAGGAAAAUAUACAAUAACAAUUACAUAUUCCAGCAGGAAAUAAAAUAGUAUUAAUUCAAUUACUGCAUUUAUUUCCCAUUCGCCAUUGCUGAUAUUUAAACUAUUACACUUCGGAAACGGAAACAAAAGCGGCCGCUUUAUUUUAGAAUACUCUGAUUGGCUGAUCCCAUCCAACAUCCAACAUAUUUUAGAACCAGUCCUAUACGUAAAAUAUUUGAAGGAAACUCUAGACAUUCAAUCUCUCAAAUAAACAUGGCUGCGAUAGUGACGUUUAACGUGACGUCACAACCCUCAAAGAUAUUGUAUCCAACAUAUUGGAAGGUGUUGGAAGCUAAAAUUUGACAGUGUGACAGGGCCUUAACGCCUUCACCUGCGCUUCCUCCCCUGCAUUCUUUCCCUUCUUUAUCCCUUAUUCGUCGUUCCUGCUCCCUCCCCUUUCACAAGCUCCGCCCAAGUGACCGUCAUCUGCGAUCGGGUACUGAGCUCAUUGGCCGUGGUGUUGUUCCAGGUGAAUUCUGAACUGAUACUAAAGUCUCUGAUACUUUUCAAGUGUACUCGUUUGCCGUUCCUGAUACAGGCUCGUAUCAGUGACAAAGUAUUAGGUUGAUACUUUUCGACCCACCUCUAGCUGUAGCACACAUGCUACACACUGAUCUUUGUUUGUUUUAGUGCAUCGUGAAGUACCGUUACGCAAUCACGCUUUACUCGUAUGUUUGUUUCGCGAGAGUUUCGGAUACGGAACGAAAGUCAUUUUGAUUGUGUUUCGAUCUUUUAAAUACUGUUGAAUCUUCUAAAACUAAACAUUUAGAACUUUACCCAAUCUUUGAACUAGUUUUUGAAAAUGUAAAGAGUCAAAGAAAGCGGUGCGGAAUUCCGCAAAAAAAAAGGCUAAGAAAGAAGCAGAUGCGAAGAAGUCUCAAGGUGCAUUACUGAAAUAUUUUAGUUCCAGUUCUGGUUCGAAAGCCACGUUAACGUCUUCGGUGGCAUCGUGCAGCAGCGGAAGUGAUUCCAGUGUACAAGAAGAAGACGUACCUGCCGUCGCAGUUGGAAGUAGUUCUGGUCCCACCACAGAGCAGGGUCAAGACGAAGUCGACUCAUCAAAAGUACCUCAAGCAUCUAGUCAUUAGCCUGCAGAAAAAGUGAAUGUUGCCAAAGAAGACAUAAUUGAAAUCGUGCCUUCUGCUCCUGCCGAAAUAAAAGAUGUGAAUCUCGACAAUGUAGGUUGCUGGCCUUCUCCUAUGACCGACGAAGUAAGAACGCUUCUAGUACGUCGCGGAUCUGACUCAGUACAGCACAUCGAUUCCAAAUUUGCCGAUGUUGUUCGCUCAGGGACUUCAACGAAAGGCGGUACCCGAAAACUAACCAAAGAGUGGUUCUACAAACCAUUAUCUAAAGGCGAAAAGGUUCUCCGAACAUGGAUGGCGUACUCGCCUUUGAAGCAAUCCUUGUAUUGUUUUUCGUGCAAGCUGUUUGGCAAUUACGGCUCUAACUUCGCAUCUGAAGAAGGAUUCAACAAAUGGUGGAAGCUAAAUCCAAGAAUAGGAGACCAUGAAAAUAGCCUGGAACAUGAACAGAGCUUCUUGAAAUGGAAGGAGUUGGAAGUUCGCCUGAACUGUAAAGCAACCAUCGAUCAGAAACAACAAGAAGUUUUCUAAAGUGAGGAAAAGAAGUGGAGGGAUGUACUGUACAGGUUGCUGAAUAUUAUCCAGUUCUUAGCCAAACAGAAUCUGGCCUUCAGAGGACAUCGAGAAGACAUUCGAGGAGAUGAUAGUGGCAAUCGCGGGAACUUUCUGGAGUUAGUGCACCUCCUAGCUAAAUACGACCCUCUUCUAAUGGAACAACUGACAAAGAUAUAGCUGGGAGCAAGAGUCUCAGUUUCGUAUCUAUCUCCAGAAACCCAUAAUGAAUUUAUAAACUUACUGGGACAGCAAUUUCGAUCCACCAUCAUCCGUCGUAUUCAAGAAGCUAAAUAUUAUUGCGUAAUCUUCGACAGUACACCAGACAUCUCCCACAAUGACCAAAUGAGCCAAGUUCUGCGAUACGUACAUAUCGAAGGAGAAAAAGUCGCCGUGGUAGAACCUUUCAUUGACUUCUUCGAACCAAAAGGAAAAAAUGCAGAAGAUCUCAGCAACGAUAUAAUCGCGAAGAUAACAUCAGACGGACUGGACAUACAGAAUCUGAGAGGACAGGCUUAUGACAAUGCUGCCACAAUGUCAGGGAUCCACAAUGGAGUUCAAGCCCGGAUUAAAGCACUGAAUCCGAAAGCUAUAUUCGUUGCAUGCUCAAACCACUCACUAAACUUGGCUGGGGUACACACUGCUUCUGAAUCAGUGGAUUCCGUGACGUUUUUUGGAACUCUGGAGAAGCUGUUUGCCUUCUUUUCCGCAUCAACUGUUCGAUGGAACGCUUUGGUUGCCGUCACAGGUCAAGCAGUAAAACGAGUCACUGAAACGCGCUGGAGCGCUAGACAUGUAGCUGUCAAGAUGCUUAAAAAUAAGUUUGAGGUAGUUCUUGAGGUACUGGAACAAUUAACAGAUUCAUCUCAAACUUCCGAAACAAGAUCGGGAGCCAGUCUUCUCCUGACAGCCAUACAGUCAUUUAACUUCCUAACUUUUCUUGGCUUUUGGGCUGCAGUGCUACCUGAAGUAGAUGACGCACAGAUUUACCUGCAGCAACGAGGACUAAGUGUGGAUAAGUGUGCUCAGAAACUCUGCGCUUUGAAAACCCUCUUAGUGGAAAGUAGAGACCGUUUCGUGCAAGAAGCAAUUGACUUUGCUAAGACUCUCUGCGAAAAACUCGGAAUCGAACUCGAAACGAGAAGAAUUCGCAGGAAAAAACCGUACAUGGCGAUGAAUCUUCUGAAGAUGCAGCUUUGUCUCACGAACAGGAAAUCCGUCGAGAGAUUAUCGCAUCAUUCGACAAGAUCAUUCAAGAAAUGACGACUCGAUUCCAGCAAAUUCAAGAAAUAUCGGACAAGUUCAGAUUUUUGAUGCCAGCGAAACUUUUGGACAGCAAGUUCGAGUGUGAUAGUGUUGCAAGUUGUGAGAGAAGUUUUUCGAAGUUGAAGCUAAUAAAAAAUUACCUCAGAUCUACUAUGAGCUCCGCUAGAUUAUCAAACUUGGCUAUAUUGUCGAUUGAACAAGAAUUGGCUGCUAAUAUUGAUUUUGACAAAGUUAUUUCUGACUUCGCUGCUCAUAAGGCCCGUAGAAUCCGCUUGUAAAACCGCUCAUCCUAUUUUAACUUCAAUAAAAGGUACCUCAUUGCAUGUGCAAUUUAAUUUUAACUAAGCACCUAUAGAAUGGGGGCGGCAAAAUGGGUCUCCCGCCCCAGGCGCCGAGAUGGCACGCUACGCCACUGAUGUGAACUCCUUGAAAAUCUUAAUUCAGGUGGAAGCACCUACUUGGGUCAGACCUAAAACCGCCAGAAAUUUCUUACAACAUCCUAGAUUGUGUAUUAUUACAUCCUUACUCUUGCUUCAGUUUAAUGAAUAUUUCAUUACUAUCUCUAUUACUACCCUCUACACCUCGAACAAUCUUAUGGUUUGGAAAUUAAAAAUUGAAACCCCCAACUGUGUGCAAAACUUAAACACAUAUCUGCUCCUUAUUCAAACAAUGACAGCAGUCAUUUCCAUAUGAUCAAGUCAUGAACUAGUGAUUUCAAAACUUAAAAUAAAAUUUGGGGGUAAAAAAAUACAAUUUUUAUUUUAAAACUUUAAAAGAGAAUAUUACAACAGCCCUUUUAGUUAACAUCACCAAACCUACUGGACUUCCUUGCACGAGUGUGUUACAAAAACUGCUGCAUAUCAGAGAGCUGGAAGCUCCGGAAUUUAUUAAGGCUUUCUAAUUAAAUCUGAGGUAAUCUGCAGGGAAAAUAAAAUACAAAUUUCAGCAUAAAAAUAUAUACUCUUUUAAUACUUCAACACAUAUAAAAAUAUCACCUUUGGUUGCUUAAUUAUUCUCAGAUGUUCUGAAAAUGAAUGCUCUGAAGAUGUAACUCAGCAAUAAUAAAAAAAAAAAAAUACAAAAAAAAAAGCAA